GGCGUCCUCGCCGUCACGACCGGCUCCGCCUCUUCGCUCCAUUCAUUCGUUGCUGUUUUUUUUUUUUCCUUUUCCAUUCACGGAGGUAGUGAGGCCUAGUCUCUGGAGCCAUGGAGCGCGCUCUCCCGGCGGCCGGCUUUCUCUACUGGGUGGGCGCGAGCACCGUGGCCUACCUGGCCCUGCGGGCCUCGUACUCGCUCUUCAGGGCCUUCCAGGUGUGGUGCGUGGGCAACGAGGGCUGGGUCGGCCCGCGGCUCGGAGAAUGGGCAGUUGUUACAGGUGGCACUGAUGGAAUUGGAAAAUCGUAUGCAGAAGAGUUAGCAAAGCGUGGAAUGAAGAUCGUCCUAAUCAGCAGGUCCCAGGAUAAACUGAAUCAGGUUUCCAGCGCAAUCAAAGAAAAAUUCAAAGUGGAAACAAGAACCAUUGCUGUUGACUUUACAUUGGAUGAUAUUUAUGAUAAAAUUAAGACAGGCCUGGCUGGUCUUGAAAUUGGCGUUUUAGUGAACAAUGUGGGCAUGUCAUACGAGUAUCCAGAAUACUUUUUGGAAAUUCCUGACUUGGACAAUACCAUCAAGAAACUGAUAAAUAUUAAUGUUCUUUCUGUUUGCAAGGUGACACGCUUGGUGCUGCCUGGCAUGGUAGAAAGAUCUAAAGGGGUGAUUCUCAACAUCUCAUCUGCCAGUGGCAUGCUCCCGGUUCCACUGUUGACCAUCUACUCUGCAACCAAGGCUUUUGUAGAUUUCUUCUCUCAGUGCCUCCAUGAGGAGUAUAAGAGCAAGGGCAUCUUUGUGCAGAGUGUCCUGCCAUACUUUGUAGCUACAAAACUGGCAAAAAUACGGAAGCCAACUUUGGAUAAGCCCUCUGCAGAGACGUUUGUGAAGUCUGCAAUUAAAACAGUAGGUUUGCAGUCCCGAACCACUGGAUAUGUGAUCCAUGCUCUCAUGGGUUCAAUAAACUCAAUCUUGCCUCGUUGGAUUUAUUUUAAAAUAACCAUGGGUUUCAACAAGUCCUUGCGGACUCGCUAUCUGAAGAAAACUAAGAAGAACUAAGUGUUGAUGAGUCAGUGAGCCCCGUGGCCAGAUGCCUGGACCUGUACACGUUCACGUUCACCCAGGGUACCUGAUGCCUGGACCUGUACGCGUUCACCCAGGGUACCAGCCUGUCCCUAGAGUCUCCACUGUUAUUUCAAUAAUUACUAACACGGCCAAAUGUUGGCAUAAUUUUAGGAAAAUAAACUCCUUUUAGAGGCUUUUAACAUAUAUUCUGGAUACAACAGGAGUAAUUUGAAGUAAUUUGAAUGUAAAUGCUCUUGCCAAAAGUCUGAGACUACUUUGACAGAAAGGAACAAAUCCCAGAAUAUAUUGUCUGGAGCCUACUAUAAAGUGUAAUGUCUAGCUACUUCUUCUGUUGGUUAACAUUAGAAGGAACAGGGCUUAGUUGAUUUGUUAUGGGUGGAUGCAAUGCAGUUUACAUAGAUUAAGAUUUUCUAAAUGUAUAUUCCAGCUUACGUAUUUAUAUGGAACCAUUCUUCUCAAAAGUAGCUAAUAACAUAAAGAGAAUUAAAAUACAGAGUUCUUUCUGACACAUAGCUCCACAAAUGUUAUCCUUGUAACACAUAUUAUGUCUUUUCUGUUCAAAUGUAUGUAAGUACUGAACACUGUAUAGUAUGAUUGAAAUGUAAAGGCAAGUGGACCAAAAUGUACGUCAAGACCAACAGCAUCAUGUGGUACCACUGGGAUCCAGGAAAACAACCCGUGUAGACACCCAGCUUUCUUUAUGUCUGCAUUGCACCCUGACAUACUCCUUCUGUGGUAGUGAUGGGUCAUAGAAAUGGCAUCGUUCUAAGUUGGUGUCCUAUUAGAAUUCAUAUAUAUGCUUUUAAUAAAAAGUGAUGUAACCAUG